AUUAUCCACCAUCGAGAAAUGAGAUAAAUUAUCAAAACCGGAUCUAUGUUUGGAGGGGGUCAUGGAAGUUGAUUACUAACAUGCAGUUAUUAUGGUAUUGAAGGUAGUGGUGAGAUUGCUAUUAGCUUUCUUUUAUGGACAAAUCCUUGCUUUUUGCUCACUCACUGAGAUACCAGGAUGUGGGUUAAGAUACCGAACAGACAGUCAUAUGCCAACUAUAACCCAUGGAUAUGUAACAAAGCCAUCAGAUUAUCCUUGGCAUGUUGGUAUAUAUGCACAGUAUAAUACCGAAGAUCCACCUGAAUAUAUUUGUGGUGGUAGCGUUAUUCACCCUAAGCUUAUAUUAACAGCUGCUCAUUGUGUAUAUGAUGAAGAAAUAUAUAAUAUAAGUAAUGCAACAUUUACAGUCAUCACUGGAAAAUACAAUAGAUCUUGGGACUAUCAUGAUUCAUUUGAAAAAAGGUUAAAGGUAAUAGACAUAAAAGUUCCCUUGGCAUACAAAGGGUAUAUUCAAAGGUAUGCUCACGAUAUAGCAGUGCUUCAUCUAAAUGAAACUAUAAAAUUUAGUAGUGUAGUUAUUCCUAUAUGUAUCAGCUGGGAUUCUGAAAUUGAAGUCAAGGAAUUGUCUGAUGUGAGAGUUGUUGGAUGGGGUGUUACAGAAAAGGGAACCUUCAGUAAUCCAUUACUUACAGCUCAGUUGAAAUAUUUCAAUUUCACUACUUGCAGUAAGAGAUUCGUGCAUAGCAAUUUUUCGCAGUAUAUCACAGAUGACAAAGUUUGUGCAGGACUUGAUAACGGUACAUCUGUGGAGCUGGGAGAUAGUGGAGGAGGUGUUAUCAUCUAUAAGAAUUCUACCAAUAAGGAACAGAAACAUUACAUAAUCGGAGUAGUCAGUACAAAAGACAGUAUCACAAAAAUUGUCGCAGUUACUAAUAUCAAUAAACUUCUCCCUUGGCUUAAAGAUACUGUGUUAUCAUUCAUAGAGAAAGGAUACUGCCUACCUCUGACUUCCAAGUCAGUUGAACUAACACAAUGUAAUUUCAAUGGCACAAAAGUGGACUGUAAAAAACCUACAAUGCCAGGAACAAAAGCAAAACUCCAAUGCAAAAAUAGCUUUCAUGCAGAAUUCCCUUAUCCUCUGUACACAAAUACAGAGUGCCAGAAGAACCUCACUUGGUCACCUUUAAUGGAUUCUUGUCUUGAAUGUGGCAAAAGAUACAGAUUAAAAGAUUAUGUACCAUCAACAAAAAACAUAAAGAAGAAGCAAAGGAAAGUUUCUGAAUUUCCAUGGCAUGUUGCUGUUUAUUCUAAAAUUAAAGGAACUAUGACGUAUUCUUGUGGAGGCACAAUUAUUCAUCCUAAAGUUAUUUUGACAGCUGCACAAUGUGCAUUUCUUAUUGAGCCAGGUACAACAUCUAAUCCAAAAGAAUUAUUUGUUAUUGCUGGAAAAUAUUAUGUGAAAUGGAACAAAAAAUCUCGUUUUGACCAAAUAUUUCAGGUUAUUCGUAUAAAAGUGCAUAAUACUUAUGAAAAUGGAUAUGGAGGUGACAUUGCAAUGUUAGAACUGAAUGACACUCUGAAGAUAAGUAGCCAAGUUAUGCCAGCAUGCAUAGAUUGGUCAAACAAACUGAAAUUACUAGACAAACCAUAUGUUUCUGGUUUGAUUGCAGGAUGGGGCAGAACUGAACUAGGCGAUUAUAGCGAUGAGCUGAGAAGUACCGAAGUGUUAAUGAUCAAUCGUACAACUUGUAACAAGCGACUGAAAUUCCCUAACAUACCUGCUGACAAGUGGUGUAUUAUUUCUGAAGACGGUUCCUGGCUUUCCUAUGGUGAUGUUGGAGGAAUUUUGUUCCCGAAGUAUGAAGAAGGAACAGGAGAAAAAACUUAUUACCUGUAUGGUCUUAUAUCUGUUAGCAUUGGCAAUGAUACUGUUGCAGUUACCAAUGUUUUGUCUUAUGAAUAUUGGAUCCAACAUAUAUUUUGAAUAAACAUAAGUGAACAUUAAUAAUAAAAAAAAAUUAUUAAAUAAAUUAUAUUAGAUUUAAGGAUUGUAUUCUUAAAUUAUAAUCAUGUUUUAUCCACUGCCUAUCACAUUAACACCAUAAACAAAUUUUUCCCUGCCUACUGCAAAGCAACAUGGUCAUUAAAUGUCAGAAAUGGAAAUGGCUGGGGCACACACUUAGAAAGGAGCAUAACGAAAUAACACAGCAGUCUAUCCCAAGGUCAGCAAAGAUGCGGAGGGCAGAGAGAUGAAAAUGUGCAGCGCUGGAGAGACCUGCUCAGGAGUCAAGUAGCUAGCUAAAGAUCAGGAUGCCUGGCAGAACUUCGUCAUGGCUUCAUGUACCACUUAGGGGAUUUUAGGAACUUAUAAUAAUAAUGGCUGGACAAAUGUCAAGGCCAAUACUGAGGAGACUGGGCCAACUUCACCAUCGCUACUACCCUCUAUUUUCUCCCAUACUAUUUAUUCACCUUGAAUUCGAUUUCAUUAGCAGCAUGGGCAUCAGAUUGAUUUUCUACAGUACAUUUAUUUUUCUACAAAUAAAUAUUAUCUUAA